AUGAGACACAACUCUGUGGGGUCAUACCUCGAACCAGAGAGCGGAGCCAUUUACCAAGUAGGCAUUGAAUGGUGGAUAGAAGAGAUAAAGCUGACUAUAGAGCCCAGGUGGGUGAGCAUAAGAGGAAGGCCACUGCAGGCAACUCAGAUGGAAGCCCUAAGGCCAUCAGAACUAUCCAAGAAGAUAGUGCGUAAUUUCAUUGGUCUGGCUAACAUAGAUCCGUUACCCCACUUUCCUAACCGAUCAUCCAUGAAUGUUAUGUUGUGGAACUGUCGGGGAGCCAGUAACAACAUACUUCGGAGAAACUUUAGAGAACUCAUUAGAGUACAUCACCCAAUUGUUGUUGCUUUUUUUGAAACAAAAGUCCUUUUCAGCUCAAUGGGUCUCUUCUUCAACCACUUGGGGUUUACUACUUCUACCAUUGUUGAUCCUGUUGGACGUGUAGGAGGCAUAUGGCUGAUUUGGGACCCUACACAAGUCUCAAUUAGUGCCCAUAUUGCCAACUCUCAAGUUAUUCAAGCUACUAUGAAAAGAGAGGACUAUGAGGAGUGGGUGCUAGCUGCAGUCUAUGCUAGUUCUAGUAUUGGUAUGCGUCAAAAUCUCUGGAAUGAUCUUGAAAAUUCUGCAAACUCCAUGGUUGACCCUUGGCUUAUUGUGGGAGGUUUUAAUGAUGUCAUGGGUCAGAAUCAAAGGAGAAGCUUCACACAGAAUAAUCAAAGUAACCGUUGCAAAAGGUUUCUUGAAAACAUUAAUCGUUAUGGGCUUAUGGACCUAGGUUGCACAGGGCCGAAAUUUACUUGGUCUAACAAUAGGCAAGGAUUGGCUAAUACUAUGGAAAGGUUGGAUCGAGCCCUUUGUAAUGCGGAAUGGAGGACCACCUUCCCUGAAGGAGCAGUCAGAAAUCUUCCUCGUACAUAUUCGGAUCACUCACAUCUUAUGAUCUACACAGAAGGAGGUUUUUGGUAA